AUGGACUCCGACGAUCGAUCUCCGGCUGCUGGAGCUGUCGCACAAUCAGCCCAUAUACCAAUAUCAGAGCUUUCUCCGGAGCGUGAAGAUAUAAGUACUAAGUCUGUGCAUGCUGUGGUGACACUGGUCUGGCCAUACUCGUCUUCAAGCCAGUCCCUUAGCCUUCUGCUCGCCGAGCCAGAUUUUCGUCUUCGACGUUCCCAGGGCCAAGUGAAGGUCAACUUUCAUGGUACAAGCGCGCAGGAAGUUGCCCAGACUCAUGUGGGCAUUGGUGACGAAGUCCACCUCUCCCUGAAAGGGGUCAGAUGGACGGACACCCAGGGACCGUUAGCGACGCCGGGCAGAAAUGUCAGCUGGGAUAUCAACUUCGAGAACCAUGUAACACUUGAGAUCUCGAGAGACUCCCGACCUCUAGCCUCAGUGCAAGUUGAUAGGCCAGCAUCUCCGCCGCAGAAUGAUGGUUUCGCAACGCCAGCGAAACCUCCAGCUAUGAAUCUACACACGGAGCUGGAAGGUCCGUCUGUGGGAUCGGCUCAAUGGGCGUCACCAGCUUUUCUACGAUCAAACCGCCAGUCUCUGGGUAGCGUUAUCGGCCCUGCAUUUGAUCCCUUCGCGGAGGAAGAUGGCUACGUACCGGGAAAAGGAAGGAAGAGACCCAGGUUCAGCAUGCGCAGUAAUGAAUGGCGACUUGUUGAUGAGCCUGCAAGUCCGGUCAAAGAGGAGACUCCCUGGGGUGAAAUGGAAGACAUGGAUAUGCAAGAUGAUGAGCUAGAAGCUGAGCUGGCAGUGGAAGAAACCGCCAGCAAUCUGAAUGGAGCAGGAACACAUUCACCGAAACAUAUAGACGCAAAAGACGUUGCAGCUGAGCCUAUGGUGACCGAAGAGUCUUUAUCUGAAACUGCCGCCGGGCUCGCAGCAAGUGACAAAGCUCUCGCGCAAGAUCGAAGUAUCCAACGACCUCAAGAUGCUGUGGAGGUGGUACGCAAAGAUCCUCAGCUAGAGUUUACACCUCCAGUGGUGGCUUCGCAACGCACCAGCCGUGCUCCUACGGAUACACCGCGUCUUCUGCCGCUUCUUUCCCCAGGACUUCUCGUCCCCUCGCCACUGGUAACAGUCUCUCCAAGUCCACAAGGUUACUUUCCGACGGUGGUUGAGUCUACUACAUCUAGUGAACCUCCAGUGGUUUCCGUGGGUUCUGGCGAUCAUGAAGCGACAAUCCAGAACGGCCCCUUACAGGAAGCUCCUUCGCAGGAUCUAUUGCAAGAGGCUACCGCACGAGUCCUAGAACAUGCUGCUGCCGAUGCCGUUGAUGCUUCUAUGGAGGCGAAUAAACCUUCAUCAUCUGAAACAAUAGCUGGUAUCAGUACCCAAGUUCCUCAUUCUCCUCCUGUGGGCGAGUCCGACGUCUUGAUAGAAUCAUCAAACUUCCAGGUUGUCGAAGAAGGAGUACUUGAGAAUACAGGUGAGAUCGCAGGGGUAGUUGAGGAAGCAGCUGAAAUUGAUGAGGCGCGGUCGUUAUCUGAGUCCGUUGAGACAGAGUCUGGCGGCUUCGACGAGGAUGAUGAAAAUAUCAGAGAAACCCGGCAUGAGGAUAGAGAAGCUCAGUUAGGGGAUGGAGAAGGUGUCGAUGAGCAUGAAGAAUACGAAUCUACGGAACACGAGGAAGGAUAUUCCAAUAGAUCUCGAAAUUACUCAAGGUCACCUCCUGUUCCUAUUGAAGAGGAAUCUGAAAGUGAAAGCGAGAUAAGUGAGGAAGAAACAGAAGCGGAAUUCGAAUAUGUUAAACGAGAAUAUGUUAAACCCAGCAACCGGGAGAGCCCUGAAGAGAGACUACAUGAUACGGCUUCUUAUGUCGCUGAAGACGAGUACGAUGACGCGGAAGAAGAUGAGGAACAAUCUGAGGAACAAUCUGAGGAAGAAUUCGACGAGGAAUACGAGUCCGUUCAUGUCUACGAGGACGAAUCUGAGGAAUCACUAGGUUCUGAAGCCGACUCGGAAGAUGCGCCUUCGACAAGACCGCAAGCGCCAGCUCCGGAAAGGACUGUACAUCCGGAAAUUAUCGUUCUAGAUAGCGACAGUGAAGAGGAGUCCGGUGUGGCUGGAAACCAUUCCGUAGUCCCACCGGAAGAUCAGAGAGAUGUCCUCGUGAAAGCGACUGCAACAAGGGAUCAGAAUGAGCUGUCGGUCUUGCGUACUGUACAUGCUGAGGGCUCAGAAGAAAUCCAGGACAACGAAGAAGGCAUUAGAUACUCUGAAACCGAGGAGUCGCAAGAUAGCGAGCAUUCUGAGACUUCGGCUGCUCCCGGAUCCCCCGCUACUGGUGAAGAUGUAUCAGACAGCUUCCAGGAGGAGAGCGAAGAGGAAGUCCAUCAAGAAGUUCAGGAAGAAACCCAUCAAUAUUUCCAUCGGGAAAUUCAGGAAGAGGCCCGGGAAGAGGCCCGGGAAGAGAACCUGUCACCAUCAGAAGAAUCGCACGGGUCCGUGAGCUAUCCUUUCUUUACACCCGAGACCGACCUGCAGCAGCCGAUAUCAGACGAGCACAGUGAAAGUGCUAUAGAUCCUGAGUUACUCCGAUCACAACAAAUACCACCGACGAGUGCAAUAAACGACAAUAACAAAGAUGCUCAUGAGCAAAAGGAUGAGGCCCUGCUGUAUGAUCGAAGUUCUAAUCUAAGUCGAUCCCGUGAUCAGGGUCUUUUCCUUGACGGACCAAAUUCUCCUCAGCACAGCGGUCAAGUCGAAAGAGGCCAGCACCAAUAUAUCGAACUUCACGGUCAAUUACCUACCCCUAAUGCUACGCAACAGAUGGAUCCCGUGUCUCCAGAACCGGAUGAUCACAUCGCUAGGCCAGAGUUUAUGCCCACUCCACGAAAUACUCAAGAUCCCUUUACCGAACAGUUACAAGAAGACCAGCCAACUCUCCCAGACACUGCGUCACCAGCGCACAUUGAGAUAGUGUCCACGGAUUUUAAUGGUCAGAAAGAAGAAAAUAUUCCGGGUGGCAUAGUGCAACAUGUGUCUCGACAUGUGUCUAGCAGAAAAUACACAGCCACCGUACCUGUCGAAGACAAGCCGCUGGCCGCAGACGACACAGGUCUGGACCGCGAAGAGCAGCCAGAAGUUCAACAGAGCAUUGAAAGUAAUACAGAUGUCGUUGAUCGCCGUCCCGUGCAAGUGAGCGUGGAAAUCAGUCCUGCUGCGAGUCCGCCGAAUCCCCCCGCUCUUCCAGAUCGUAAAGCAAGGGGCUUUCGCAGCGCACAUUCUUACUUCGCUCCGCUGGCGACGUUGUUCGACCUUUUCAAUUCCGUGAUCGAUACAAUCUCAGUCGUUGUUGAGACGUCAGCUGUGUCCCGUUCCGCGUCUGGUCCCCGGGAUUACUUUCUGACUCUGCAGCUUACAGACCCGUCAAUGGCGGGUACUAUACUUCCCGCACAAAUAUUUCGCCCUUACAAGACGGUCCUGCCAGCUGUGAAAGAAGGAGACGUGAUCCUGCUACGUAACUUCAAGGUCCGGACUUUCAAUCAUUCAAUGAUGCUGCUCAGCACAGACACCAGUGCGUGGGCUGUCUUCGACGGCGAGAUGGACGAAGCUCGCGUGGCUGGUCCGCCAGUGGAAUACGGCCUGGCUGAACGCUCUUACGCAGACAGUCUACGCGAAUGGUUCCGCGAAGAUGGCGCUGCUAUGGUUGCGGACUACAGGCUCCAGUUGUCCAUCGACAGAGCUAGCAGAGGGGACACGCCUUCCAGCAGCGCUGCCAUCAGCGAUACCGGCAGCAUUGACUCGGGCUUGCGUGAAUCACGCGGUGACUCGCUUUUCUCACACCGCGGGUCCAGACGCAACAGAAAAGGUAACCGGCGAAUCACUAUCCAUGAACUGAGAGACGGGACGCGAUAUACAGAGGUUGGAUCGCCCUCUGAUAAGGAGAGCAUUCACGAAUUAAGAGACGGCACAGUCUACGCGAAUCUUUGAUUUGCUCAUGCUGCAGCCAGUCCAGAGCUCAAACUGUGUAGAAAAGCAUGCAUGCCCUGCGCUACGCUCCUGAAGCUCGGGUUUCGGGUGUAAAAAAAUCAUUCAUUGUGUAUAAUUGUUGACCGCGUACAUUCCAUCAAAUAAGUAUAUAGCUCAGUACAUUCUCUCCGGCGAGGCCUAGUAAGAUAACGAAGCACGGAUCUACUUCUUGAUCGUGUCAGGUCAGCAGUGAGAAAACCAAGAGAAGGACUAAUAAAGCCACGGUUAAGGAGCCAUGACAUUGUCAGACUUUGCCUU